GUUUUUUGGACUGUUCAAAAAAAAAUCAAAAAAUCGUACAAAUCCAAAAAACUGACGAUUAACUAAACAACACCAAAUCGCCUAGUGUCUUGAAACAGUUCUUCCUAUCACACGUCAGCUAGACGCGCCUGUCAGUCCCAAACGCCAUGUUACUUCGGCUGGGAAGCCGUAACUUCUACCGGACCGUAAGCGUAUUCCAACGACAGGCCCACACAGAUAUAAAGUGUCCGGAUUUUUCCGAAUACCGGAGGAACAGCGCUAAAGAUCCGACGGUCAAGUCGUCGACUACCGAGGACUCCAGGAAGCUGCUCAGCUACGCUAUCUCAGCUACGCUGACUACGGUCAGCCUCUACGCCAUCAAAGGUGAACUUAUAAGGGACGCGAUGGUCUUCAUGCCGGCAGCUAACGUGCUUGCCGAGGCCCAGAUCGAAAUCAAACUCUCGGACAUACCCGAAGACAAAAACGCCACUUUCAAGUGGAGAGGCAAGCCGCUCUUUGUCUGGCACAGGCCGGAGCGCGUCAUCAGGCAAGCGAGGGCGGUCCCCCUGUCGGCCCUAAGGGAUCCCCAGACCGACGAAAAACGUGUCAAGGAUCCCAAGUGGCUCGUCGUUUUGGGAAUAUGCACCCACUUGGGGUGCGUUCCCAUCGCCCAUGAGGGCGACUUCGGGGGCUACUAUUGCCCAUGCCACGGGUCUCACUUCGACGGUUCUGGACGCGUCAGGAAAGGCCCAGCCCCCACAAACAUGGAAGUACCGCAUUACGAUAUCGUAGGCGACACUCUCACUGUUGGUUGACUAUUUAUUUUAAAAAGAAUUAAAGGUACUGUUUUCCUAUUCGGUGUUUUGAUGGUGGGGUCAGGGAG